AUGUCUGAUUUUGAGGAUUUCAGCAGAGCAGGAGGGCAGGGGAAUGUGUCUGAGAGCUACCAGCUGAACCCCACCAGCGUGAUCGUGUCGGUGGUCUUCUCUCUCAUCUUCCUGCUUGGCACCAUCGGCAACAGCCUGGUUCUGGCUGUGCUGCUGCGGAGCGGUCAGGUCGGAUACAACACCACCAACCUGUUCAUCCUCAACCUGAGCGUGGCUGACUUCUUCUUUAUCAUCUUCUGCGUUCCUUUCCAAGCCACCAUCUACUCCCUGGAGGGCUGGGUGUUCGGCUCGUUCAUGUGCAAAGUGGUUCACUUCUUCAUCAACCUCACCAUGUACGCCAGCAGCUUCACACUGGCUGCCGUUUCUGUGGACAGAUACCUGGCCAUUCGCUACCCGCUGCGCUCCAGAGAGCUAAGAACUCCAUGCAAUGCUGUGGUCGCCAUGGUGGUUAUCUGGGGUCUGUCCCUGGUCUUUGCGGGUCCAUACCUCAGCUACUAUGAUCUGAUUGAUUUUGCCAACAGUACUGUGUGCAUCCCCGGCUGGGAGGAGCAGAACCGUAAGGUGUUGGACACAUGCACCUUCCUGUUUGGCUACGUCAUCCCUGUGCUGAUUGUGAGCCUCUCAUACACAAGAACCAUAAAGUACCUGUGGACAGCUGUUGACCCUCUAGACGGCAUGUCAGAAUCCAAAAGAGCCAAACGCAAAGUCACCAAAAUGAUCAUUAUUGUCACUGUACUCUUCUGCAUCUGUUGGCUGCCGUACCAUGUGGUGAUACUGUGCUACCUAUAUGGAGAUUUCCCCUUCAACCAGACUACGUAUGCCUUCAGGCUCCUCUCACACUGCAUGGCCUAUGCCAAUUCUUGCGUCAAUCCCAUCGUGUACGCUCUGGUGUCCAAACACUUCCGCAAAGGCUUCAAGAAAGUCUUCAGCUGCAUUCUGAUUAAAAAUGGGAGAAAUAAGGUUCACGUGGUUCACGUGGCCACCACCGGGCCUGGAUUUGAAGCGGGCUCCACGGAAGUGUCUCAUAUGAACGAGGAGAACGUGCAACAGAACGAGUGUGAGAUGAUCAACCGACCAAGGCGGGUGGAGCCCAGAGAAGCCACGGUGACACUAACUCUGCCCUUUCAGCAGCCCACCUAA